UGCACGCGGUCCCUCGGCCCCCGAGAUGCGAGGCGCGGGGAGAAGGGGAGCGCAGGCCAGCCUCUCUCCCGACUGCGGGCGCCGGGCUAGGGGCUAGAGAGAACCCCUGCCGCGGCCGCAGCAGCGCCACGCGAGCCCCCCGGCCACCGAGGACGCGUCCCCGGGUCCGCGCCCGCCCCCUAGCGCCGGGCCCGCGGGCGGGGCGGGGCGGAGGCGGAGCCGCGGAGCCGGGCGCGCGGGGGUCGCGGCGCAGAGCUCCAGCUCCAGCUCCACCGCGGCUGCAUCGGGCGGCAUGGCGAGCACGGCGUCGGAGAUCAUCGCCUUCAUGGUCUCCAUCUCCGGCUGGGUGCUGGUGUCCUCCACGCUGCCCACCGACUACUGGAAAGUGUCCACCAUCGACGGCACGGUCAUCACCACCGCCACCUAUUGGGCCAACCUGUGGAAGACGUGCGUUACCGACUCCACCGGUGUCUCCAACUGCAAGGACUUCCCCUCCAUGCUGGCGCUGGACGGUUACAUCCAGGCAUGUAGAGGACUUAUGAUUGCUGCUGUCAGCCUGGGCUUUUUUGGCUCCAUAUUUGCCCUGUUUGGAAUGAAGUGUACCAAAGUCGGAGGCUCAGAUAAAGCCAAAGCUAAAAUUGCUUGUUUGGCUGGGAUUGUAUUCAUACUGUCAGGGCUAUGCUCAAUGACCGGUUGUUCCCUAUAUGCAAACAAAAUCACAACGGAAUUCUUUGAUCCUCUCUUUGUUGAGCAAAAGUAUGAAUUAGGAGCUGCUUUGUUUAUUGGAUGGGCGGGAUCCUCACUCUGCAUAAUCGGUGGCAUCAUAUUUUGCUUUUCAAUAUCUGACAGCAACACGCCCAGAAUGGGAUACGUGUACAACGGGGCCACAUCUGUCAUGUCUUCUCGGACAAAGUAUCAUGGCGGAGAAAGAGAUUUUAAAACCACAAACCCUUCAAAACAGUUUGAUAAAAACGCGUAUGUCUAAAAAGAGCCCUACUGCAAGUUGGGUGUUGAGUUUGUUACAAAAGUGAACUGUACAUGAAAUGAUCCCAUCAAAGCCCUCCUAUAAUUAACACCCCAACUAUUUUUAAAAUAUGAAUUUGAAGAAUGUGUUGAUUAUAUGGAUGUAAUGUUCUUACAUAGCUACAUACUGAUCAUUUUCUGUUGCGGCUUUCUAUAUAAAAAUAAACAGGCUAUUUACAGGA